AUGGCUUGUGUAAAUAAUGGUAUAUGUUAUAGAAAUAAUUCGGAAAAUCUUGCAUUUUUUUUACUAGGAGAUACUGGAGGAUUACCUGUUUAUCCAUAUAGUACAUAUGCACAAAAUGUAAUUGCUAAAUCAUUAUCAAAAAUCGGUCUUGAAAAUAAUAUCGAAUUCACAGUCUCAGCUGGCGACAAUAUUUAUUUUACAGGAGUUACAGAUGAAUUCGAUCAACGAUUUCAGACAUCGUUUGAAAGAGUAUAUAAAGGUAGUGCUUUAGAAAAGCCAUGGUACCUAAUUGCUGGUAACCAUGACCAUUUUGGGAAUAUAUCAGGAGAAAUUGCUUAUACUAAUCAAAGUCAAAGAUGGACGUAUCCAGCAAGCUAUUACAAAUUCUCAUAUGCGUUUGGUGAAAAUAGUACAUUGGUUGAAUUUCUAAUGAUAGAUACAAUCAUACUUUGUGGCAAUACUCGAGAUGUUACAGAAGCUGGAUUUCUAGAUAUGUUGUUUGCAAGUGUUGACAAAAAUCCAAAUACUCCCAAGGAUCCAGUUGCAGCCAAUGCACAGUUACAAUGGAUUAAGGAACACUUGAAUGAUUCA